AUGAAUUAUAUUGAUUAAGGCACUGCUCUUUCUAGAAAAGUUCCCAAUAGAAAGUUGUCUAAGAAGAAUUCUUUAUUUUAUUAAGUAUUGAUGUUAUCAUUAAUAAUAGUAAUCAGUUUUUGAGAAUGAGGAAUUCAUGUAAAAGUAUGAGAAGAAUGUUGAUCAAUUAUAAACAGUGAUUGAGGAGCCUGAAUUGAAAGAGGUGAUUCAAAAUAGAAAUGAGAAGUUUUUUUAGAUUUUGGAACAAAUAAUCAAAGUUGAAUCAUCAAUUAAGGAAUUCUCUAAAGGGUAAUAUUAGAUGUUAAUGUAGGUAUUAAAAAUAUGGAUUUAUUGUUUCUGAUACAGGAAUUACUUAUAGAGAAUGGGCACCAAAUGCAAAAGAAUUAAAAUUGAAUGAAUAUAGUUGUACAACUGAUAAUGGUGGAAACUGGGAAGUGUUUAUUCCAAAAGAUGAUGAUGAUAAUCAUUAAAUCUAACAUGGUAGCAAACUUAUUACUUAUUGUAAUGAACUAGAAAGAGCUUCAGUUUGGAGUAGUGUAAGGAAUGGAGAUUAAGCAAUAUUUUGGAAUCCAGAGAAUAAAUAUGAAUUUCAAUAAUAGUAAUUGUAAUAAAAAUAGCAGAGUAAAGGUCUAAAAGUGAUAAAGCAAAAUAUAAAAGAAUUAUAAGGAGUAAAUGGGUAUAAUGCAAUAAUGAUUACUCAAUAAUUACUAAUGUAACUGGACGUAAAUUUAAUAACUCCUGAUGAUUUGAAAAGAAACAUAGAUAUACUUCAUCAGAAAGGAUAUUCAGUUAUAAUGGAUAUUGAUCAUGAAUAAAUAGGAAAAUACUUGAAUAAUUGGGAUGGAACUGGAUUUUAAUAUUUGAGAGAAGAAAUAGAAUAAUUAGACUAUGGAAAAUGGGAAGUUUUGAGAUUAUUAUUAUCAAACAUAUCUUUUUGGAUUACAGAAUAUCAAAUUGAUGGAUUUAAAUUCUCUAAUAUUGAUAUAACAGAUGAUAUUGAUGCCGCUGUAUAUUUAAUGUUAGCUAAUGAUUUGAUUCAUGAUUUACUACCAAACGGUAUCAGUAUAAUUUAAGACUUGGAUUAUCCAGCUCUUUGCAGAACAAUCAAAGAAGGAGGGUUAGGUUUUGAUUUUAAACUCUCUAAAUUAUAACAUAAAUAAUUAUAACCUAAGAUACUCUAUGAAAAUACUGGAGUAUAUACUUAAGCUCAAAUCUUAAAUGCACUUGCUAUUGGCUAAGUAUAAAAUUAUAUUAAAUGUAGGGAUUGAUAUAAGAUAUUGUAGAUGAUAAAUUUGUAUAAAUUGAAUAACAAUAUGGAUGGUUAGAAAAUGAAUAGGUUGAAAUAAAUGAAGUUAAUUCUGUUUUGCAUAUUAAAAGGGGAAAGUUUACAUUUUUGAUAAAUCACACAAAUGAAGUAAAAUUAAUUAUUAAUAUAAUUAUUUUAUAGAAUAGAGAAACUGUGUUGAAUUUAAAGAUUACAAAGAUCUUAAAUAAAGAAGAUUAAAAAUGGGAAUAAUUGGAUGAGAAUACCAUAAAAUUAAUUGUUGAGUCAGAAUAGGGAUUGAUAAUUGAAUGA